CUUUAUUGCUGUUCAGCACAGAGCGAAUUAAUGCUCCCUCUACUCCUUCACUAUCCCAGGAGAGAUUACCUUCUGAGGCUGGGAGGACGUGUGGUGGAACCGGGGUGGGGGUGGGCAUGGAGACCUCUCAGGGGUCCCAUCCCUCCUACCUACACCCCAACUCUGCUCGCACCUGCUUCCUUCCAGAGCCGGCUGGGGUGCGGAGGGGCGAGGCGCGAUGAGUACGGCCGCUGCUUUGGGGACUGAGGCACCUUGGCGGUGGGCUCCUGGGUCUCUCUACCCCUCCCUGUCCCCUCCCCGCCUUUUUGGCUCCGGGCGGGCCGCUCCUCCUCCCCGCAGUGAGCGAAGCCGGCGCGCGCUAGGACCGCGGCGCGCCGCCCUCCGCCGCUAUAAGAGGCCGCGCUGGGGCCCCACGCGGACCCACGGCUCCGACCGGUCCCCGCGUCCCGGCCCGCGCUGGACCCGAGGGCUGACCGGCCGCUGCGCAGCCCACGCCAGCCCGGGGCCUGCGAGGGACUCGCGCCCCGGGGACCCCACUGCGGACACCAUGGGCGCUGCCCACUCCGCCUCCGAGGAGGUGCGAGAGCUCGUGGGCAAGACCGGCUUCUCAUCAGACCAGAUCGAGCAGCUCCACCGACGGUUUAAGCAGCUGAGCGGAGACCAGCCCACCAUUCGCAAGGAGAACUUCAACAACGUCCCGGACCUGGACCUCAACCCUAUCCGAUCCAAAAUCAUCCGUGCCUUCUUCGACAACAGGAACCUGCGCAAGGGGCCCAGUGGCGUGGCCGACGAGAUCAACUUUGAGGACUUCCUGACCAUCAUGUCCUACUUCCGGCCCAUCGACAUCACCAUGGACGAGGAGCAGGUGCAGCUGUGCCGGAAAGAGAAGCUGAGAUUUCUGUUCCACAUGUAUGACUCAGACAGCGACGGCCGCAUCACCCUGGAAGAAUAUCGAAAUGUGGUGGAGGAGCUGCUCUCAGGGAACCCCCACAUCGAGAAGGAGUCGGCUCGCUCCAUCGCCGACGGGGCCAUGAUGGAGGCGGCCAGCGUCUGUGUGGGGCAGAUGGAGACUGACCACAGGUCCCAACCUGGAGAGCAGGGCCAGGCAGGGAAGCCUGGCUCUGGGGUCCUGUGGGCCCAGCCAAGCAGCUUCUCUGGGCUCUAGGAGAGCACCUGGCACACUGCCAGGCCCGGUGAGCGCACAGCACAGGCUCGCUUUAAUUUAUUCACAAGUGGCGGGGAGGGGGUGUGUGGGGUCAUGUGGUCUGGGGUCCAGGAGGAGCCGGGAGUGGAGGGUGUGUGCUGCAGAGGGUGGAAGUCCCUCGCUGGUCCAAGGAGAGCGCGAGAGGAUUGGACCAGAGGUGUUUCUGAGGCCGCCACCGGUGCUCCAGGCCGGGGCUGCAGGUGGAGCUGUGAUGGGGUGGGAAGGCAGGCAGGGCCACCACGGGAGCAUGAACACAAAUGCCGGCCACUCCUUGAGGCUCGUCAGGGUCACCCUGGUGUAGAAAUGGCCGGGUCAUUUCUCAGAACUGGCGUGGUCAUGCCUGUGACGGACUCAGGCAAGUCAGAGCAGGGUGUCCUCACCUGCACCGUUGACACGGGGGCUGGCAGCUCUCUGUGUGGGGGCCGUCCUGGGCGUUGUAGGGUGUCGAGCAGCAUCUCCGGCCUCUAGCCACUAGAUGCCAGCCACACCCUCCAAAUUGUGACCACCAAAAAUGCCUCUGGACGUUGCCAAAUGUCCCAGGGAGCAGUGGGGGGCAAAAUCGCCCCCGAGGAAGAACCAUUGCACUAGGGGCCACAGGAAUAGGCACAGCUCGGAGACAUUGCAGGUUCCGUUCCAGACUGUUGCAAGGAAGCGAAUAUCGCAAUGAAACAAAUAUCGCAAUCAAGUGAGAGACGCAAAUUUUUUGCUUUCCCAGUGCUUAUAAGAGUUAGGUUUACACUGCAGACGACAGUGUGCAAUAGCAUUAUCUCUAAAAAACAAUGUACUUACCUUAAUUUAAAAACACUUUAUUGCUAAAAAAUGCUAACAUCGUCUCAGCCUUUGGCGAGUUGUAAUCUUUUUGCUGGUGGAGGGUUUUGUAAAAAAGGCAGUAUCUGCGAACUGCAAUAAAGCAAGCUGUGCCCGUAAAUGGUAAGUGGAGUGGUAACUGGUCCUUUGCCCGUGUGAGCAGUGGGCGUGUGGGGGCUCCUGGAGGGACUCCCCAGGGGGCUCCAGGCAGGCCGGGGGCCCCAUACACUCGGCUCCCGUAGGGAGACCACACGGCAUGUGCAGACGCCAUGCUGUGUACUCCACAUACAGCGCCUCAUUUUACUGGGGGGGAAACUGAGGCUCAGGGACAUAAAAGAAUUUUCUGGAGUUCAGGGGCAGCGAUCUUUAUUGUGCUCAGUAGUCACCCCUGUAGGACCAGUACAGCCUGGUCAUCCUGACACAGUGGCCCUGAGCCCCUAGGGACCAUCUCAGUGUUCCCCCGAGGGUUUCGGUGGUCCCACUGAGGCCACCCCCUCUUCGCUCCUGUGUAUUUAAAGUGGCUGUCGCUCCAGACACCUUUUGGCUUUGAGAUCACCACAGCCCGAGGGGGGCGGGUUCCUGCUGGGACCUGCUGUCUGUGCCCCAGCCUGUCAUCAGGGGCUACGGGGCCCGGCGGGCUGUGACCAUUUUAUUGGCCUGUACUUUGCUUCUGGGGCCCAGGGGGAGGCUUCUGGCUUUGGUGAGGCCACCCCUCUCAGCCAGUUAACCGCCGCAGAAAGGGCUGGUGACCUCCAUAGGGAGCACAGGGAUCCCCCGCUGGGUUGUCGAGCCAAAUUCCCAUUUGAUUUAAUUACACUCUCUUUCUUUAAAUUACUCCCUGUCCCACUCCAGUUUCAAUUGGCAACAGUUUUUUUAAUUUGCUGUAGUAAAAUUGUUGGCAGCUGGCAGCUGCUGAUCUGCAUAAAAUCCGCACAGCCUCGGAAGCUGAGGCAUUUCGGAGCUGAGGCUGGCUUCCCGGUGUGUGUCCCAGGCGUCUUUCUUUACUUGUGGAUCCUCUGUGUAAUCUUAAAAUACUUUCUCGUGUGAUUGUCAGCCAGAUAAACACAGACGAGCUGUGUGCCCUUGUGAGCAAGGGGCAGCCGCAGCCGUUCAAUACCAUCUGGCCCCUGAGGACGUUAACAUUUCUGCCCGCGCCGCAGCCAGACACACGAUCCAUCACCCCCACGUUAAUGGCCUUGCAGAGUUGCUUACUGACUGGGGCAACGAUCUUUCCAAAGUGCUUUCUCUGUGGCUUCCGCGGCCCGAGGGUAGGGCUGCUUGGCUGGGGUCUCAGCCUGGGGUGCUUCCCCUCACCCCCUGCCACUGGGCGCCCACCCUCCAGCCCUGGUCUCGGGCCAGCAGGGCCUUGUCUAAUUAGCUCUCCUUGGCCGCCCUGGGGCCCUGGGGUUGCCUGCAGGGAGAGGGCAGCCACCUCUCCCCGUGCCCAGGGCACAAAGAGCAGGGAGCCCCAGGGACAGGGCUGGCCCAGGUGUCUGAGAACGGGUGGCUUUGAUAAAAUUAAAAAUAUAUACAUUGAUUUGCUUUCUGUAUUAAAAGAAGUACAAAGAGGAAACUGCAGGGCCAGGGGCAGGGGGAGGACCCUAUCACACACACGGAGGCUGCGGCUCCCAGCGGGACAGGUGGCCUUGCCUCCGGUCCUCAGUGGCCUUAUCUGUAAAAUGGGAGGAAGAACCGAACCCACCUGGGGGCUGUGGAGUCACCGUUAAUGUUAGUAACACCACCCGUAAAGCUCUCGAGACGGUGCCUGGUGCAGCAGAGAGCCCACUGUUCUGAAAUACACGGAGGAACGAGUUUCCGAGGGGUACAGAAGAGAAGGGUCUGCC